UCUCCAUCACAGACACACACACACACACUUGCUCCAGUGAUGGCUUUGGUGUUUCUCCGGUGGAUCUGUAGGCUCCUGACGCUCCUGGUCGUUUCUCACAGUGUGUGUGUGAUAUUUUAUUACACAGCUGACACACACUCAUCCAGACUAAACAUGGAGAGUUUCACAGAGGAACUCGAUGAUUUCUUAAAGUGUCCGCACAAACCGAACACGACCGAGCAGGAGCUAAACAGAAUGAGGCUGCAGUUUUGCUGUAACGCCACGGGAUCGUUAUUCCUCACCAAACGCAACACAGCCGUCAAUCAGACCAUCCUACUAAACAUGGAGAGUUUCACAGAGGAACUCGAUGAUUUCUUAAAGUGUCCGCACAAACCGAACACGACCGAGCAGGAGCUAAACAGAAUGAGGCUGCAGUUUUGCUGUAACGCCACGGGAUCGUUAUUCCUCACCAAACGCAACACAGCCGUCAAUCAGACCAUCCCGUAUGAGACGGACACAAAACACACAUACAGAAUGAAUGCAGCCAUUCACAACAUGCUGCCUGAGUGUAACUUCGUCAUACGGUUUAAUUUGGCAUUGAUUAAUGACAGUGAUGUUGGGUUGAAGACAGAUCUGAUAACCAUCAACCCCAGUCAGAUUCAGAGAGAAUACAAAAAUCUGGAGCAGGAUCCGGAUCCGUUGGUGGAGCGGGUCAGUGUGUACGGAAACGCCUCCCUCGCUAUGCCCGCCUUUGCCUACACCUUCUGCACUGGAAAAUCAAUGAAAACUCUCAAAGUCCUCCAUCCAAUCAGACCUCAGCAGCCGGUGGUGUUCUUCAGCCCCCUUUACCUACGAACACUGGACCGUUUCUGGAAGGGGCGUGGCCUGAAGGAGAUCCGCCUCUCAUCUGGGUUUAUGUUAAUUAACACGGCGCUGGAACUGUGUGAGCAUGUGCAUGUUUAUGGAUUCUGGCCGUUUGGAACGGACCUGCAGGACAAUCCCGUUCCGUAUCAUUACUACGACGCGUUGAGUCCGCACCGUUACAUGCACAAAAUGCCGGAGGAGUUUGUGCGGCUUCUGCAGCUCCACAGCCAGGGGGCGCUGACACUGCACCUGCAGCCCUGCUCCUCAAACACGCGCUUAUAAAGUGUGCUUGUGAACCAUAGUGGACAUUGAGUGCACUCCAGUAAUGCACGGCAAUAUGUGAACAACUGGCUAGAAAAUACCAUGUGAGGGUCGCGCUGCGUAUCGGCAGAAAAUGGCGUUCACUGCUUCUGCCGAACUCAGUGUACGAAUUUACUCGCUCAGGGACACGUUUAACUUGAAAAACGCUUAACGUGGUUUAAUGCUUAAAAAUGUGUUUUUAAGGACCAAAUUCAGUAAACACACUAUUAACCCAUUUGAUUCCAAAUUUUUCUCAGACAUGAAAAUAUCAAAAUGAUGUGUCAUUAACCC